UAGUUCAGCGCCAGUCGAGCUCAAUUGACGGAGGUAGAUUUGUGUUUGUCUCACUCGGCUGUUUUUAUGGUUCACUUCGGGAAUUUCAUGCUUGACUUUACCUUUUUUCCACUUUGGACUCUCGCCGUAUGUUUGAGUACGGCUGUCUGGACACCCAUUGAAGGUCAGCCUCGUGUGAUCGGGUCACUUCAGCCAAUCAUCGCUGCUCCGGGUGAUGACGUCAUCCUGCCGUGCCACCUGGAUCCUGCUUACAAUGUGGAGGAUCUGACCGUGGAGUGGUCGAAGCCAGAUCUCAAGCCCGACCCCUCUGAUCGUCUGAGCCGGGUCGACUACGUGCACGUUUACAGGGACGGACGUGAAAACCUGGACAUGAAGCUCCAGUCGUACUUCGGCAGGACGAUGCUGUUCACAGACCAACUGAAACGUGGAAACAUUUCUCUGAAGAUCACCAACGUGACGCCGGCUGAUGGAGGGAGAUACAAAUGUUUCAUCCCCAAGUUAAACAGCCAAGUGAAGGAGUCAAUUAUUCUACUUAGUGUUGAUCCAAACUUUGUUAAAUCCUCGACGACAGAGACGCCGCUGCUUCCCACAAAUGUCCAAACUCCUGAUCCAAAGGAGGAGACGGAUGUUAAAGGUGGUCGAUCCUAUCAGGGCGUUUGGAUCCCAGCUGUGGUUUUCGGUGUCUUACUGGUCCUGGGAGUCUGUGGUGGCGUCGCUGGAUAUGUGAUUAAACACAAGCCUCAAAAACUAAAUCUGCCAAAGUAUGAAGUCACCCCAGAAAGGCUACUUCCAGUCUAGGUGCCUUGCUCAAGAGCUCGUUCGUAUUUGAUGUUAACGGAGACGAGAGCGUUCUACACUUCUCCCCUUCUUGGAUCUUCCUCAUCAGUUCAGGGAUUCAGACCAGCAUCACCUCCAGCCACAAGUGGACCCACUGGAUCAGCAGGAGGGAGCUCUUCAUGAUGGACACAGAUUACCAUCAGAAUGAAGCUCACCUCAAACUCUGGGACGUGGCUGCAUCAGACACCCUGGGAAAAAGUUUUCUUUAAAUUUGUGGAUGUUCUUGCUGAACACGUUUUGGUCAGACUGUGGAAAGUACUGCCUGCAGAAGAACUGUGCCAGAACUGUCCUCUUCUCUCAACCACAGACUCUAUAAAAGAAGUGGACGUAGUCACCGUGACGUCACUGUUGGUUUGAAGCCUCGAGUUUGACAUUUUGGCCACCGCCAUCUUGAUUUAUUUAUUUUGCAAUGAGGCAUCUGACGUGACCAUCUUUGGAUGAAAUGAGGGUGCGAUGUAGCUUGGUUAGCAAGGUACCUCCAUAAUUCACGUUAACCGUGAUUGUAACUGAUCAUUAUCAGCAGGAUCACUUUGAGACUUUAUAUUUGUUUUUUUUAUAGUUUGCUCAAACACAAUAAAGGGGUUGGUGAUGCAUCAGUGGAUAAGAUGCAUGCCUUUGUUUUGAGAGACUCAGGUUCAAUUCCGACUGCAACAUCGAUCAAUGUGUCCCUGGAAAUUAACCUCUCCAAAGGCGUGUGACCUCUGACAUACAGUAUAUACCAAUCUUAAGUAAAAUGUAAAAAAUAGUCUGAGGUGCCAAGCCUUUCUUCAUCGGGCUCUCCUGCCCCGAAGGAGGAUAACUGUGAGAACCCUGUUUUGUUUGAGACUGAUCUAUACGAUUCACAAAUGAACUUAUUUUCAAAAUGUUACUUGACUGUAGUAGACUACAUAUCAGUAGGUGGCUGAAAACCACGAACAUGAUGAUCAGGAGCCGGCUCCUGAUUGUAAAAUGAGCCUUGUUGUAACGUCCGUGUUUACUCAGUGGAGUUUUACUCUUCGCUAAAUUGAAAACCUUUAAAAACUAGUUCUGUAGAGAUCAGUCGUGAGUGUAAAUAUUUAUUAACCACAUACCUCUCACUACAAAACCUUGUGCCAUUAUCAUUAAGGGAAGAAGGCAGGCUGGCGGAGGCAGUGUGAUUCGGUGGUCAAUGUUCAUGUGGAUGUACCACCUGCCUGAACAUGGUUGCAGACCCUCCUUUUAUGGAAACAGAUACCCUGAUGGCAGUGGGCUCUUUCAGCUUUCAGACUAUUUUGGUGUGAAAUGGGGAACUAAAUAAUAUCAGGCAGCUGUCUGACACUUUAAGAGCUAAAUUUACUUUAUAUGGAAAUAAGCUGUUUUUUGAAGUUUAAUCUCAAGUUUUACACUCCCAAAACAUCAAAUGUGAACGGGCCUUUGGUCAGGGCACCUGGUCCUCACUGAAGUUAUGUUUAUAUUAUGUUUCUUUGUUUUUUUUUCACUUUGAAACAUUGUUUUUCUUUUAUGAUGUUAAACAUUAAUCAACUUCUUGCCCUUGAACUUACUUUGUAAGAUUUACCUCUAGUGUUUUGCUUUUAAGAGUAAACGUCUGGAAAAACAUUCAGUUUUUGUUAAGUUCUGUUUUAGGGACAUUAUGAUUUUGUACAUUUGAAGUAUUUCUACAAUGUUUGUGCACUUAUUUUAUAGUAGCCAAAUAAAUCACCUCUACAAAUGAC